UCUCAAAUCUUUUCCCAUUUCCAACCCCUUCCUCAUCGAACUGUCAGACACUCCAACGCUGUUUCUGCUUCACACCCUGACAAAUCUCAAUGAUUCGUAAACGAUAUCAAGAAGCCAAAACAGGUUUUCAACUGGUGAAAUCGAUGAAUGCCGAGAAGUACUUGAAGAAAGUAGGACUGGGCAAAGAGGACUACCACUUCUGGAAGCAAAUUGGCAAAGCUCUGUUGUGCACGUACACGCUAUUUGGUGUCGCUUGGCUCUACAACGAAACGUCACCGCUAGGCUGGUGGACGCUGAAGCCUCGACCCAAGGAAGAAAAAGAAUUAGCCCACCUCUACGAGCGGCGAGAAUUUCCGUACCCGGGUGACGAAGAAGCAAUGGAAGAGUUCGUUACCAAAGGGGGCAUGAUCGGCACAACAAUCGGCCCGAAAGGGGUUGUUGAAACGGAUAGGGAUGCGUAUAACUAUCAGAGGGACUUGCAGAACAAGAAGGUUGAGCAAGAAGCUCAGAAGCUGUGGUCGAGGAUGAGGCACGAGGUCAUUCAGGAGCUUCGAGAGAAGGGGCAUGACGUUGAAUGAGUUUUCUUUCCAAGUUGUAUUAUGUAAGUGAUAUGGUUUUGUGAAACAUUAAGCUCUGUUCUAAUUUAUUUUCUGAAACCCUAAUCGUUGUAUGUGCUCUUGCUUUGAAAAGUGAAAAAAUAAAAAUAAAAGAUAAAUAUAUCAGUCAAUUUUAUGCAUUA